GGAUGUUUUCGUGCUUUUUUUUUGCUUCUUCUUUUCUUUGCCUUCUUUUGCUUUGCUGCCUUGUCGGUUUCUUUUGCCGCCCUUCGAACAUGACUAGGGGGAGGGGGCGGGUUCUCGAAGUCUACCGGGGUAUCGUGUUUCAGAUGUCUUCUAGUUACACAUAGAACAAAU